AUGUCAGCAUCAAAUGCCAAUGUCUCUGAUCUUGUGUGCUGCUUGCAGCAGCUGAUUAAGCUGAUAGCCCACCUGACUGUAUUUUCACAGUUUCACCAGCAGGCCGCAUCACUGGACUCACUGGAGGAGUUUGCCCUGCAGAUUGUCAGCAGCACCAACUACUUCCAGGGGAUCGAGACGCCCAAGCAUCUGAUCAAGCGCCAGGUCAAGGUAGCACCACCACCUGCCUUCGUCAUGCCCACUGCCGCACCAUUCAAGAAGCUCACCAUCAAGUCCAAGAAGCAGAAGGCAGUCAAGGAGGAGAAGGCCGAGGAGUACAUCGAGGACAACGAGGAGUGCCAGCAGUGCAUCAAGCAACUUUUGGGUGAGCAGUGCAACCUCCACCACAUGCACCUCAAGGAGGUCCUCAAGAGUCUGCAGGAAAUCGGUCUCAAGUGCCAAUACCGCCCAGUCGCCACCAAGGAUGAGGGGACAGUCGCUGAUGGAAAGACCUCGCCUCUGAAGGGCAUUUUUGCUGUGCUUCACCAAGAUACCCUGGACGUUGCUACGCCGACCCAACUGCAAAUGCAAACGCUGAACCGGAGGCUGCCGCUGAUCCCGAAGCCAGACGGCACGGCGGAUGGGGCGGUGGUGGAUGGCGCGGUGGCGGAUGGCGCGGUGGCGGAUGGCGCGGUGGUGGAUGGCGCGGAGGUGGUGGUGGAUGGCGCGGUGGCGGAUGGCAUGGCGGUGGCGGAUGGCAUGGCGGUGGCGGAUGGGGCGGUGGCGGUGGCGGGUGGGGCGGUGGCAGAUGGUAGUGACAGCUCGCACCGCGACUUCAGCCUCGUUUGA